AUGUUGAGACGCAUCGCCACAGCAACCAAGCAGUCCCCAUUCGUUAUCACCUACUUUGAGUAUAUGGAAUUGCGAGGUUAUCCCGCUUUCCUGUUGAGUGGGGGUUGUGGAACGGACCUCUUUGAUCUCUCAGUCAAAUAUGGUGGAAUGUCAGAAGAACAGGCCAAAUUCUAUGCUUAUAUCAAACCGGAGAAUAUCUUACUCUAUCACACUGGCCACAUCAUGAUCGCCGACUUCGAUAUUGCCAUUGACCAAUCAGAGCGUGGUGAUCCUAACAACUGA